UCGCGCGUUCCGGGACCGGGGGGGGGUCUCCGAGUGACCCGCGGCAGCUUCCCCCGUCGCGAGUGGAGUCGGCGGCGUGCAUUUGACGCAGACCUGGGAGCGCGAGCAGUAAAUAGAGGACAUCGCGACUCGCACGACCGGGGUUUUGUGUUCCAUUAUGGAUUUGGACGAGCGCUUUAAGAAGGUGACCAUCUCUCACGAGUGGGGGGCCGGGGCCCCCUGUUCCGCGUGCAAAGAUCGCUGCCCCGGCCUGGAGCUCCAUUACUGGAGGAGAGUUUGCGUCAACUGCAAAUGCAGCCCGGAGCAGCACCUCGUGGAGCGGGAGCAGGCGGGGCAGCAGCAGCAGCUCCAGCAGCAGCAGCAGCAGCAGCUCCAGCAGCAGCAGCAGCUCCAGCAGCAGCAGCAGCAGCUCCAGCAGCAGCAGCAGCAGCUCCAGCAGCUCCAGCAGAGGGAUUUGAAGGAGGGCAGCACGACCCCAGAGGGCCUCGUGGGGGCCCAGAGGUCGGGGUCGCCCCCCCUGUGUGACGGGGCCGUGGGUCACCGUCUACUGCCAGCGUCGUCACCGCAGUCGAUGAAACUCCGCGACGUCAACGGCGAUGGUGACAGGGUUCCUCCUCCACCUCCUCCACCUCCUCCCGUCCCUGCUCCUUCUUCUCCUCCUCCGGUACCGGCGCAGAACGGAAUUCGAGGAGUGGCGGAGAGGGAGCAGCGGGCGGCGGUGCAGCACGCGGCUGGACUGGUCAGGCCCUCGCCUCGCCAGGUGGCCGAGGCGCCGGGGGGAGAUCCGCACGUGAACGACCGCGGGCCCCGAGACGAGGCGACGCUCAGCAUGGCCGACUGCGUCCCGCACUGGGCCCCCGUGGGGGCCAACGGGGGGCCCUUGGGGAAACCCCCAAGGAGACCCCCAGGGGCGCGGACCCCCUCGCCCGAGACGCACGCGGAGGCCAGGUCCUUGGGAAGCGCGGAGAGCGGAGAUGCGAGCGCUGCCGAGGGGCUGACUCUCUACGUGUGCUGGGGGUGCGGGGGCACGCUGGAGGAGGGCGAGCGUGCCGUGAGUGCCGGCGGGGAGGACGCGCCCCGCAUGUGGCACGUCCGCUGCUUCGUGUGCUCCACGUGCCGCGAGCCGCUCGCCAGCCUCCUCUACUACUGGGACAACGGCGCGCUCUUCUGCCACCUGCAUUACCAGACCGGGGCCCAGGACAUCCACCGUGCCGGAGAGGGGCAGGGGACGGGCGCGGAGGCACCGCCCGUGUGCGCGCGGUGCAACGAGGCGAUCGUGAGCUGCGAGUACACGCGCGCCGAGGGACGCUGCUGGCACCUGGACCACUUCUGCUGCCUGGAGUGCGGGGUGCAGCUGGCGGGGCAGACCUACGUGGCCGAGACGGAGCAGCCCGUCUGCCUGCAGUGCUACCGCAGCUCCUACGCCAAGAGCUGCGAGGGCUGCGGCGGCGUCAUCGACGCGGAGGAGGAGCGCGUGGCGCACGGCCCCCGUCAGUGGCACGCGCGCCCCUCCUGCUUCCGCUGCUCGGGUUGCAGCUGCGCCCUGGUGCAGCGGCGCUUCAUCCCGGCCGGCACGCGGCUCUACUGCUCGCUGGGCUGCCGCGACGGCGCCCCCGGGGAGGGCUAGCGAGCUGGGAGGCUGUUGGGGGGGGGAAGAGGAGGCCGUGCGGUAGGAGGGGUGCAUUCCCAAAAUGUCAGGGUUUUUUGUAGGGCCCCACGUUAACAAUAAUAACACGUCACCUGUUUUCUCCGGUGGAUAUUAAACCAAAAAUACCAAUUUAAAUGUCCGGGGUCUGAAUGACCAGCCGCUGGCAGAGAGCGCGGUGAGUGGUUCCCCGAGCUACCCGCUGGAGGGCACUCGUGGAUCUGGGUGGUUGCCAGCGCUCCCAGGUGAACAGCUCGGGGUACGGGGCUGUGUGGGGUGGGGGGACCUACA